AUGGCACCUCCGUUUUGGAUCCAUUGUAAUCUGUGCGGUGCACUUCUAAGCAGUGAUAAUAAGCACUUUUUGCUGUCAUGCUCUCAUAUUGCUUGCAAAGACUGUUUAAAGCAAACUGCUGGUAAGAAGUGCCCAGCAUGUAAGGCUGACGUUCGAUAUGAAGACAUGUCUAAACUUCCUGAAAAGCUAAAGAACAACUUCCAUCCAAACAUCCAGAACUUAUUUCAAGAACCGUCGAAAAUCAUUGAUUUUCAACAGUCCCACGCCCGUGAUAUUGCUAGAAAAACUCGUGAUUAUAAGACAAAGUAUAGUCAGGCACUGUCAAUUUAUGAGAAAGAAAAGGUAGAAGUAAUGAAGAUGAAAAAGCAACUUGAUGGCUAUGUCCAUCAACGAAAAUUAAUGCAAGAGAAGCUGAAAGAAGUGUACUUGCGAAAUAAAAUGAAGAAACAGCACGAAAUCUAUCGUAAUCCUGCAAAUGUGACCCUAUCUUCUGAUUUUUCUACUGAAAAAGCACGAAGCUCACUCAGAACAUCAGGCACAUCACAGUCUAGGUCGAACUUUUUCAACCAAAGCUCGCCAAUAGUACAAGGAUUUAAUUCACGCUCAAACGACUUCUUCGAUAGCCAUCCAUCAACACCUCGUAAGAAGAAGCUCGAUCAUACUCAGUCUAGUCGUAAACCAUUCUAUUCAUAA